AUGGGGGAUGCUGCUGCAGACGUCAAGGAAAUGCGAAAGACGUUCAUUGUCCCUGCCAUCAAGCCCUUUGAUCAUUACGAUUUCGGCCGAGCCAAGAUCGCCUGUAAUCUCGCCUGGCUGGUGGCCAAAGCCUUUGGGACCGAAAAUGUACCAGAGGAACUGCGAGAGCCUUUUUAUACAGAUCAGUAUGACCAGGAACAUAUUAAACCUCCUGUUGUUAAUUUGCUGCUAUCAGCUGAACUUUACUGUCGUGCUGGGAGUCUUAUUCUCAAGAGUGAUGCUGCCAAACCACUUCUGGGUCAUGAUGCUGUUAUCCAGGCCUUGGCACAGAAAGGCCUGUAUGUCACUGACCAAGAGAAAUUGGUAACAGAGAGAGACUUGCACAAGAAACCCAUUCAGAUGAGUGCCCAUUUGGCUAUGAUUGACACCUUGAUGAUGGCUUACACGGUGGAAAUGGUCAGUGUGGAGAAAGUGAUUGCCUGUGCACAGCAGUAUUCAUCCUUUUUUCAAGCCACAGACCUUCCCUAUGACAUAGAAGACGCUGUCAUGUUUUGGAUAAACAAAGUGAAUGAACAUUUAAAAGACAUCAUGGAGCAGGAGCAAAAACUAAAAGAGCAUCAUGGUAUAGAAACUGCAGGAGGUCAAAAGUCUCCUUCCAAAUGGUUUUGGAAACUGGUUCCUGCUCGUUAUAGGAAGGAGCAAACUCUGCUUAAGCAGCUGCCCUGCAUUCCAUUGGUGGAAAAUCUGCUGAAGGAUGGUACAGACGGUUGCGCUUUAGCUGCCCUGAUACAUUUUUACUGCCCAGAUAUAGUCAGAAUGGAGGAUGUAUGUUUGAAGGAGACCAUGUCACUGGCUGACAGCUUGUAUAAUCUGCAGUUGAUACAGGAAUUUUGUCAGGAGUAUUUGAACCAAUGUUGCCAUUUUUCACUUGAGGAUAUGCUGUAUGCUGCUUCUUCAGUAAAGAGCAAUUAUUUGGUGUUCAUGGCAGAGCUGUUUUGGUGGUUUGAAGUAGUGAAGCCAUCAUUCGUUCAGCCUCGAGUUGUAGUUCAUCCCCAAGCUGAACCUCCAAAAGAAGCAGCUUCUGUUCCUGCAGCAAAUGCCAAUAGAAGGAGCUAUGCAGACACUUCACAUAGUCUUGACCCAAUAGGCAGUGUGGCUGGGCCUACUUUUAAACCAUCUCACCAGAUUCCACCUGUUAGGAAUACUCACAGCCAGCCUUAUUCCUCUGUUCCAGGCAACAUUAGAAGAUCUACAUCUAUGUCUUAUAUGGAUGGAUAUGUAGGGACGUGGCCAAAAGAAAAACGAUCUUCAGUGCACGGAGUUUCAUUUGAUAUUUCUUUUGAUAAAGAAGACAUCAUUCACAUGACAACUCCAAACAAAGGAAUGACUAGAUCUGUUAGUAAUGAAGGUCUUGAGAAAAAUGCCAACCGAAUGCCCAAACAUAUUAGAAAAAACCUGUCCUUCAGGCCUGUGAAUGGAGAGGAAGAAAGUGAAGAUAUUGAAGAAGAAAAGGAGGUGGACAGUCACAGUAGUUCAAAGAUCAAUAGUAAUCAAAGGAACACCAACCAAGUUAGGCCAUAUAACCUCCCGAAUGGAGCACUGCAGAACAGAUUGGUUACUGAUGAAUUGGGCAAUCAGCUUGAGGCACCAAGCAUUGAACAGGCUUUGCAGAUUAUCCAUGAUACUGAGAAAUCUCCCUGUGUUACCCAGCCUGAACAAAUUACAAAUGGGUUUUUCCUUCACAACAAGGAGAUGAACAUCUUGAAUUCAAACAUCAUACCUGAUCAGAGUAAUCCUGAUAUCACAGACACAAAAGGUGCCCUUAGUCCUGUAACUGACAAUACAGAAGCAGAUACAGGAAUCCAUGUCCCUUCAGACAUUCCAGAGACUAUAGAUGAAGAUUCUACCUUGAGGGAUUAUACUGUAAGUCUGGACUCUGAUAUGGAAGAACCAUCUCGAUUUUUGCAUGAUUUUGAUAGCAGAGGUGGCAACCAAAAGGAGCAAUUAAGCCCUUGUCCAAGCUCGAUAAGUGCCAAAUCCCAAGCAGGAAGUAGUGCUUCUUCAAGCUCAGGAGUUAAAAUGACCAGCUUUGCAGAACAGAAAUUUAAGAAACUUAAUCACACAGACAGCAGAAGCAGUGGAAGCAGUUCUCAGAAAACAACCCCAGAAGGCUCUGAGCUGAACAUUCCUCACAUAAUUUCCUGGGCUCAAAUACCAGAGGAAUCUCAUCUCCCUCAGGGAAAAGAUACGACACAGUUGCUGGCCUCUGAAAUGGUGCAGUUGAAGAUGAAGCUGGAAGAGAAGAGGCGAGCAAUUGAGGCCCAGAAAAAGAAGGUUGAGGCUGAAUUCACAAAGCAAAGACAAAAAAUGGGAAGAACGGCAUUCCUUAAUGUUGUUAAAAAGAAAAGUGAUGGAAUUUCACCACUGCGAGAAGAGGCAGCUGGAGCAGAGGAUGAGAAAGUGUUUACUGACAAGUUGAAGGAAAAAGAAACUCAAAAGCCAGGUGAACAGCUAAACAAGGCAUCAGAGAAAACAAAGGAGAGCAUUGAAAAUCCCCAUAGCAAAUGGUUUAAGUCCCCAAGUACUCCUGUUGAUUCUGAGAAGCAAUGUAAUUUGUUAAGUCCUUCAGAAGAAAACAUAAAUGAGGGUGACCUUUUAGAAUAUACAAAGUCUAUUGAGAAGCUCAAUUCUUCUCUACAUUUCCUGCAGCAAGAAAUGCAACGGUUAUCACAUCAGCAAGAAAUGCUAAUGCAGAUGAGGGAGCAGCAAGCUUGGGUUAUUUCACCGCCUCAGCCUUCUCCCCAGAAACAAAUUCGGGAGCUUAAAUCUUCUCUGAGAUCUACAGGAUCAUCUCCCAUUGCCUCAUUUUCAUUGGAAUCUCCUCGACCUUCCCACCAGUCCCCACAGGCAUCUUCUAGAAAGAAUUCCACUCUCUCUAGUAAAAUGCAAAGGACUCCUAGGCCAAAUGAACUGAAAAUAACACCUUUGAACCGCACUUUGACAGCUCCACGAUCUGUGGAUAGUCUCCCUCGUUUGAGAAGAUUUUCUCCAAGUCAGGUAUCCAUUCAGACCAGAUCAUUUGUUUGUUUUGGAGAUGAUGGUGAACGUGUAUGUGAACCUCAGCUGAGAGGAAAUCUUUUGAACGAGAGUAGACAUACGACUGAGGUAGCUGGAAAAGAAGGAGUAGGCGAGAAAGAAGUGGAACAAAAAGUGACAGAAGUAGUUGAACAAGUAUCAGAGGAAAACCAGAUCAGACCUCUGGAGUCCACAGUGUCUGAAGUACUAUCACAGCCCAUUACUGAAACUGUCUGUCUUACUCCAAGUGAAGAGUUACUGAACCCUCCAGUAUUGCCACUGUCAUCUUCUCUACCUAAAACUGCUAACCUCAUAGAAGUUUCCCUCUCAAACUUGAAACCACCAGAAAAGUCAGAAGAGUCCAUUGAGAAAUCAGAGGGUGAGAGUGACAAAGAACAAUUGGAGGAUGACCAAAAGGUGUGUUGUGGAUUCUUUUUCAAGGAUGAUCAAAAGGCUGAAAAUGAUAUGGCAGUAAAACGGGCAGCAUUAUUGGAAAAGCGAUUGAGAAGGGAAAGAGAAAACUUACUUCGAAAGCAGCAGCUGGAAGCAGAGUUGGAACACAAGAAAGAAGAGACAAAGAGGAAGUCUGAGGAAGAACGUCAGAAGAAGGAAGAUGAAAGAGCACGACGAGAGUUCAUUAAACAGGAAUAUAUGAGGAGGAAGCAGCUAAAACUCAUGGAAGAAAUGGACAUUGUCAUAAAGCCCCGACCCCAUUCAUCCAAACAGAAAAAGCCACGACCAAAAUCUAUUCAUAGAGAUCAUAUUGAGUCUCCCAAGACUCCAAUCAAAGGUCCUCCAGUAUCUAGCCUUUCGCUGGCAUCUCUGAACACAGGAGACAAUGACAGUGUGCAGUCAGGCAAGAGGACGCCACGUUCCGAGUCUGUGGAAGGAUUUUUAUCUCCAAGUCGUUGUGGCAGUCGUAAUGGGGAAAAGGAUUGGGAAAAUGCAUCUACAACCUCUUCAGUAGCUUCUGCUACAGAAUAUACAGGACCAAAGCUCUACAAAGAACCCAGUGCAAAAUCUAACAAACACAUAAUUCAGAAUGCUCUGGCUCAUUGUUGCUUGGCGGGAAAAGUAAAUGAAGGGCAGAAGAAUAAAAUAUUGGAGGAAAUGGAAAAAUCAGAUGCCAACAAUUUCCUAAUCCUCUUCCGGGACUCAGGCUGCCAGUUCCGAUCUUUAUAUACUUAUUGCCCUGAAACUGAAGAAAUCAGUAAAUUGACUGGGAUAGGCCCCAAGUGCAUUAGCAAGAAGAUGAUUGAGGGGCUCUAUAAAUACAAUUCUGACAGGAAGCAAUUCAGCCACAUACCUGCUAAAACUCUUUCUGCCAGUGUUGAUGCAAUCACCAUUCACAGCCAUUUGUGGCAGAGCAAGAGACCAGUAACGCCGAAAAAACUCUUACCUGCAAAGGCAUAGUGACUUGGGGGAGGGGUUGGGAGAAUACCUUGCUGCAGACACUUAUGGAAAACUUGCACUUCGUAUUUGCUGCCUAUUAGAAAAUAGGUUCCUAUUUGCCAACAAGACUCCUUUGAACUCAAGUCUGAAGAACUCCUUUUAACUCAAGCUCUGUCGUCAUACACAACUGGAAUGUAAAGACAGUAUUUAAGACUUGGAGAAAACUGACACUUGGGUUAUUAUGCAUCCAUGUGCUCAUGAAAGAUUGAGUCACAAAUGGAGACAGAUAUGUGCUUUUCACACAGUCUAUAGUGUUCAUUUCCUACUUUGAAACACUGAAUUACUGAAUGUUUGCAAAUCCAUAGUGGCAAAUUAAUUUUUUUUUACAUUUGUUGCCUUAUACUUUGGUAUUUUGUGCUUGUUCUGGCAUUUGCUUUUGCUGUUAAUAUCUUUUCUGGAAAAAUAUUCAGUCUUGAUUUACCACACCAUUAAAUUUUUAGCAUCCUGCAGAAAACAAACAGCAAAAGCAUCUUUGCACAGAAAGGGAGAAGUCUGUUCAUUAAGCUCUCAUUCAUUAGAAAGGAUUUUGCACAGGAAAAGCUCAUGGAAGAGAAUACUCAGAAAUGUUGCUAGCAUGUCUUAAAUUGUGACAAGCAACUGAUGUCUAGCAUUUCUUUUUCAGCAAGGAAGCAUAUUUUAUAAACGAUAUAUUCAAAAAUCCACCAUGGCCCUGAUCCAGAUAGUGUGUAGGGAUAUCCUAAUAUGCGCUGGUAUGUUCAAAUAAAUAUUUUAAAUAAAUAUUUCUUUAAAUAAUAAUUUUCCCUCUUGUGAACAGAAGUGUCUUCUGACAGCUGCAGCCCGAACUGUUUUUUAGGCAACUGUUUGCGAUUCAGCAUGGUUCCAGACUCAGAGGACAUUAAUGGUUUCCAGAAAAAAACAUAAAAAUCAUUCAACAUGUGCAGGCCCCAUACAUGCAUGUAAGGUAGUUUCUGGGAUCAGGGUCCACAUGGCACUUUCCUUUCAAAAUUAUAAACAAAAUAGUAUAUGGUGUAUUGAAAUGAGAAAUUGUGGGUGAAUUCUUUUGAGAAACAAAAUUGGAAAUUUCUGUAGGUAAGUCUUCUUAAAGCUCUUCUGAUGCCACCCAGUAUGGACCUAAAUACAUUUUCUUCUGAGACACAUAAGGAUUUAGUUUGGCUUAAUGAAAAUAACAGCGUUAUGAUUCAUGGCAUCUUGAGUAUAUUCAAACUGAGAAUGGUAAACAUCCACAAGCUUUGAAUAAUCACUAGGAUAUAUUUUCAGUAAUUACAAAGGGCUGCACAUCUGUAUACUUCUAGAAAAGUUGUUUUUUAAAAAAGAAUAUUUAAUAUAGCAAACACUAUUCCAACAGGUGAAAAGUACAGACUUGAAAUCUACUCUUAUUUUUGUGAUCUUCUCACACUGUUCACCAGAGGACUUAGUUGGGAGUGGGAGGGGAGCUAGGUGGAACCUCAUUCUCAGGAAAAGACUUGAAUUAUUACUGAUCCUGUUCUGUUUCAGUGUUGUGACGAGUGUUGGAACUUAAAGACAGUAUUGAACUAUUCUUCUGAAGUAUGUACUUUUAUUAUGGGUCUGAAGAAGGCAAACUUUAAAUUCCGUACUUCUCCCCCAUUGAACUGUUUGAAUCGGAGAAGUAAUGCUUCACUACAAUCUGCUAAAGUUCUUAAUACAGAUGUACAGGAAUGAGAAAUCCUUAAAUAAUUUAGACAACAGUACUUUUUUAAAUUAUUAAAAGGCCUUAGGCAUCAAUGCAUCUGGGUUGUUUAGCAACAUUUUCUCAGAAAUGCGGUCAGUAUUUUACUGUAAUUUAUGUUCUUAUAUUUAUGUAUAUUUGUUAAAAUUGUAAAAAAAAAAAGACCCUUGUUUAAUAGAUACGUGACUUGGAUUUGUGGUUAGCUGAUUCCUAAUGUUUGCAUGUAUAUGAACCAGGAUAUCUAACCAUCUUCUAUUUCAAGUGUAAACAUAUUGUGUAUAUAUUAUAUAUAAUAUUAAAAAUACAUUCUACCUGUUUGGCUCGGCUCCAACAAAUGGAAUAGGAAAAUCUUAUUACGUACCCAUGUAAAUGGAGUAAGUUAAAACUAACUGAAGUAAAUCCAUGGUUGGGGAAGAGCUGCCAGGGCUUAAAUAGGAUAGACAGUUUUAAAGAGAAGGUCACAUGGAAGGAUUUUUAAAAUUAAUAUAUUCUGUUCUUGCUAAAAGGAACUCUAGUUUAAAGACACAUGCCACCUAUUGAUUCACGCACCCCAUCUUAACAUUGAUUUCAGAGGGUGCCAUUUUAAAUUAUUGAAUGUAUUAUGGAAUUUAUCUACAAGAAGUUUGUGCAAUGUCUAAAGGUAGAACAUGUAUGACACAAAGUUUGAUGGUAUUGGGAUUAAAAGUUUUACUAAAUGCUAGGACAAUAAAGGCAGUUUUCUUAUAGUUUGCAAAUUUUCUAUCUUCAUUUGGGAUCAUGCUUAGGAAAAGUAGCUUUCCAUAAAGUCCAGUGUUUAUCACCAUCAAAACACACUGCUGCUUUAAUUGGGGGGGUGUUUUAUAAUUUGACAGUUAGCCAAAUGUUCUAAUUUACAGGCGAGAUGUUCAAAUUCUUAACCGUCAUGUAGGCUACUGGAACCAUUUUUGGAUGACUCUUGCUGCUUUUAAUGCUUUGGCUGUUUAAAGCCAAAUUCUGUUAUUUAUGAUUUAAUGGGCACUGUCUGAGGAAAUGUACAGUGUUUUGUGUGCUUGUCCACUUUUAAGCAACAUUGCUAUCCUAUUUUUUCAGAUACUGUGCUGUAAAAUAUUGUUAUAUUGCUACUUACCUAGUACAGUGUAGUUCUUCCCUCCAUCUAAA